UUUUUUUUUUUUUUUUUUUUUUUUGCUCCGUGUACUCGUCCAUUUUUAUUUUUAUUUUCAAAAAAUUUGUGCAGGUUGACGCAUUGUCGGUGUUACGAACCUCCCUUAGCAGUGACUUGGUAACAUUGCAAGUGCUGGACAUAGCCAGGUUCAGAGACAACGCAGUGCAAGAGAGAGAGAGAGAGAGAGAGAGAGAGAGCGAGAGAACAUGGGAGAAGAAGCUGAGAUUCUUUCUGUUAUGAAAUGGUUGGAUUUGCCAAGGAUACGUCAAUAGGUCACGAAAUAGGUCAAGGGGGUAUUCAACUUUCAGAGAAGAAAAAGGAAGAGCGACAAAGACACUUCAAGUGUCUUGCUCGUGGUUGGCCAGUGGAAUUUUAGAGCAAGAGUAACACGUUUGCCCUUUCAGAGACGUAAUCUUGCGAGCUUCUUGUACUUUGCGUUGGGAGUUCUAAGGAAAAAUGAAUGAGGGAUGCAGGAGAAGAGUGCAUUGCGGAUGAAUUGUCGAAUCUCCGAUUGCAGGUUCAACAAGAGGAAAAUCGACCGACCGCGCGAUUGACUUGAGAAAAGAAGUGUUGGAGGUGAGAUAAUUCGGGCGAGUAACGCGCUGGCGGGGGUAGGGGUAUAGGAUGGGGUGCUCAUGGUCCAAGCCCCGUGAGGCCCCUUCUCCAAUCGCUGCAGCAAUUCCACAAGCAGAACUUGUGAAUUCGGCUGCUGAGAAUGGGCGACGGGUUGAACCGGAGGCUGUUCCACCAUUUAGGGAGUAUGCUUUAGAGUCGCUGAGAGAGGCCACGAAUUCCUUUAGCAGUGAACAGAUAGUUUCAGAGAGUGGAGAGAAAGCGCCCAAUUUUGUGUACAGAGGGAGUUUGCACCAGAAUCGUUGGAUAGCCAUCAAGCGCUUCCCCAAGGCAGCCUGGCCCGAUGCCAAGGGCUUCGCGGAUGAAGCCUGGAAGGUGGGUCAAGUCAGACAUAAGAGAUUGGUGAAUUUGAUCGGCUACUGCUGUGAGGGUGAUGAGCGAUUACUUGUUGCGGAAUACAUGCCCAAUGACACUCUUUCUAGACAUUUAUUUCACUGGGAAAGGCAGCCAAUGCCAUGGACAAUGAGGUUGCGAGUUGCUUUGUACAUUGCCCAUGCCUUAGAUCACUGCGCCAACCACAAUCUUCGUCUGUAUCACGAUCUCAACGCCUAUCGUGUCCUAUUCGAUCAGGAAGGAGAUCCGCGCCUCUCUUGUUUUGGCCUCAUGAAGAACAGUCGCGAUGGAAAAAGCUAUAGUACCAAUCUGGCCUACACUCCCCCUGAAUACUUAAGAACUGGAAGGGUGACGCCUGAAAGCGUCAUUUAUAGUUACGGCACUGUUCUACUGGAUCUGUUGAGUGGGAAGCACAUACCUCCGAGCCAUGCCUUAGACUUAAUUCGCAGCAAAAACAUGUCACAGUUCAUGGAUUCAUAUUUAGAAGAUCAAUUUUCGAAUGAUGACGGCACGGAGCUGGUUCGACUCGCAUCACGAUGCUUGCAGUUUGAACCGCGGGAGCGCCCAAAUGCAAAGAUGCUCGUCAGUGCGCUUACUGUGCUGCAACGAAGAACCGAGCAAAUACCCUCCUACACGUUGAUGGGGAUCCACAGAGGAGAGGCUCCACCUCCUCUGCCAUUGUCACCCUUGGGCGAGGCUAUUUCUCGCAACGAUCACACAGCAGUGCACGAGAUUCUUGUGAAAACAGGCUACAAGGACGAUGAAGGACAAGAGAACGAGCUCUCAUUCCAAGUGUGGACGAAACAGAUGCAAGACAUGCUGAACUCCAGGAAAAGAGGUGACAUGGCUUUUCGUGACAAAGACUUCAAAACUGCAAUCGAUUGUUACACGCAGUUUGUGGAUGUACGCACCAUGGUUUCUCCAACAGUCUUCGCGCGCCGCAGCUUGGCCUACUUGCUGAGCGACCAAGCCGAAGCAGCCCUGAGUGAUGCCAUGGAAGCCCAGUCUGUCCACCCCGAAUGGCCAACCGCCUUCUAUAUGCAGGCUGCAGCGCUGUCCAGGCUAGGAAUGGAGACGGACGCCAGCGACAUGCUGAAAGAAGGAGCCGCUCUCGACAUGAAGAAACAAAACCACUACAAUCGCUGACUGAAGCUUUGCCCCUGCUUCUUCUCGAUUGUAGAAUCUUUUUCCCCACCACUAAUUCCCAAACUUGUCUGCCCCACCUUCAGAGCUGGGGCUGUGACUUUACCACUCAGAUCUCGGAAUCAUGGACCGCAUUUAGGUGUGACUCGCAUUGUAGUCUUCGAAACUUGUUACGUUUCAAGAGAAGUAGAUUUUCACAGGUACCGUUAACUAUGGAACGAAAGACGCCACUCAGGCUGGGGAGUCGAGGUGUAAAUUCAACUGGGGUAUUGUAUUAUUGAUUCGUGUCUUGCUAACUGCUCGUAAAAACUGAGACUUGUGCAGAACCCAUGUGGGUCCCUUGUUCCGUUUCCGAUGGUUCUGGAGUGUCGGUAGUAGUGGGAAUCUGUCGAUGGGUUUUCAACAACUGAUUCACAAUUCAGACUUGGUCUCUGAGUGCUGUGAAUCUGCAGAUCUCGUCUCCAUGAUCCUCUUUCGCUGCAAAACACUCGCAGAGCUCGGAAGCUUGAAGGUCAUGGAGACAUCAUCUGCACAGCUCUGUGCACAUCUAAUAGAUCUUCCUGCACCCUCUAGGACUACUUAAAAUCCCAACUCUAAGCUUCUCAAACUUGUUGGAGCCUCGGUUGUAUGCCUCGUAGAUUUCUUUAAUUUGUUAAAAUCUCGACGAUAAGUUUUGUAGACUCAAUAGAUUUGUACUUUUUAAAAACCUAAAUCCCUCAAUUGUAAGCUUCUCAA